AUGUUGAACAUGUUCAAGCAUCUGUUCUCCGGAGCCAUGCCUGCUGUUGGCCUCGCAGCGUAUAUUAACACUCUGCAUAAGCAAAACAGAACCAGGUUUAAUGGAUUCGACCAAAAGCUUGAUAGCCUUCAUGGCCUGGCCGAGAGAAAGAUUGUCAUGCUUCAGGCUGUUAAGGAUACCAAAGGGACUUUGAACGAGACCACCAUGGAAGAUACCAGCUUGAACGACGCGAGUGAGCGAGUACAGGAGCAAAUAUCAAAUUUGUUGGAAUUUGUUCACUCCUGCGCUAGCGCCGACUCGGACUCAAAUCGCUAG